AUACUUCACGCGGCUUUGGCCCCAAUUGAACCAUUCUUGGUCAGAGUGAAAUAAAUGGGAGGAGCAAUAGGACCUCGCAGACUUCACAGCACAGUUGGAUCAUAAAUGCGCCAUGAAUCCACAUGAGUAACGUUAGCUUGUUGCGAAAACGGAAUGUUCCUGGGCUGACAGCCCAAUGUCAAAAAAUUACAGACAGUAGCAUUUGAGAAAGAAAGCCUACGAUAUAUCGGGAAGGUGAAACUAUAAUAUGUAAAAGUCACACCGCUUAGCUAAUGGCUUCUCUUCAACUGUGAAAAAGACAACGUUAAUUUACAGCGUGUGUUGACAGUUUUGCAUUCUCCCUUUCAUCUCAUUGCAGCAAACCAAGAUGGAGUGCGAGUGGAAACCAGACGACCAAGGACUUCAGCAAAUUCUACAGCUUUUGAAAGAGUCCCAGUCUCCCGAUACGUCCACUCAAAGAUCCGUCCAGCAAAGACUGGAACAGCUCAACCAUUACCCAGACUUCAACAACUACUUGAUAUUCGUGCUCACAAAGUUGAAAUCAGAAGAUGAGCCGACCCGGUCUCUGAGUGGUCUGAUCCUGAAGAACAAUGUGAAGGCCCACUACCAGAACUUCCCAAAUGGAGUGUCUGACUUCAUCAAGAGCGAGUGUCUGCAGAACAUCGGAGACUCCUCACCCCUCAUACGGGCCACUGUGGGUAUCCUCAUCACUACCAUCGCCUCCAAAGGGGAGCUGCAGAACUGGCCUGAGCUGCUGCCCAAACUCUGCCUUCUGCUGGACUCUGAGGACUACAACACCUGUGAGGGGGCGUUUGGAGCUCUUCAAAAAAUCUGCGAGGACUCCGCAGAGGUCUUGGACAGUGACAUGUUGGACCGUCCGCUCAAUGUCAUGAUCCCAAAGUUUCUGCAGUUCUUUAAGCACAGCAGCCCCAAGAUCAGGUCUCAUGCCAUCGCCUGCGUCAACCAGUUCAUCAUAAGUAGGACCCAGGCCCUCAUGCUGCACAUCGACGGCUUCAUUGAGAACCUAUUUGCCUUGGCGACCGAUGAAGAACCGGAGGUGAGGAAGAACGUGUGCAGAGCUCUUGUCAUGCUGCUGGAGGUCCGCAUGGACCGUCUCCUACCACACAUGCACAACAUUAUAGAGUACAUGCUGCAAAGGACUCAGGACCAGGAUGAGAAUGUGGCUCUGGAGGCCUGUGAGUUCUGGCUGACCCUGGCUGAACAGCCUGUAUGUAAGGACGUUCUGUGUAACCACCUCUCCAAGCUGACUCCGGUGCUCGUCAACGGGAUGAAGUACUCGGAGAUCGACAUCAUUCUGCUCAAGGGUGACGUGGAGGAAGAUGAUGAGGCCAUCCCUGACAACGAGCAGGACAUCAGGCCCAGGUUCCACCGCUCCCGUACGGUUGCCCAGCAACACGAGGGUGACCGGGACGGCAUUGAGGAAGACGACGAUGAAGACGAUGACCUGGAAGAUGAUGACACCAUCUCUGACUGGAACCUCCGUAAGUGUUCAGCAGCAGCGUUGGAUGUGUUGGCUAACGUGUUCAGAGAUGACUUGCUCCUCCCUAUCCUGCCUCUCCUCAAAGAGCUCCUCUUCCACCCAGAGUGGGUCAUCAAGGAGUCUGGAAUACUUGUUCUGGGGGCCAUUGCUGAGGGUUGUAUGCAGGGUAUGAUUACCUACCUGCCAGAGCUCAUCCCCCACCUGGUGCAGUGUCUGAGUGAUAAGAAGGCCCUGGUGCGCUCCAUCACCUGCUGGACCCUGAGUCGCUAUGCCCACUGGGUGGUCAGCCAGCCACCCGACACCUACCUGAAGCCCCUGAUGACGGAGCUGCUCAAACGCAUCCUGGACUCCAACAAGAGGGUGCAGGAGGCCGCCUGCAGUGCCUUUGCCACUCUGGAAGAGGAGGCAUGUACAGAGUUGGUUCCCUACCUGGCUUAUAUUCUGGACACUCUGGUGUUUGCCUUCAGCAAGUACCAACACAAGAACCUGCUCAUACUGUACGACGCUAUAGGGACACUCGCUGACUCUGUGGGACACCACCUCAACAAGCCGGAGUACAUUCAGAUGCUGAUGCCUCCACUGAUAGCAAAAUGGAACCAGUUGAAGGAUGAAGACAAGGAUCUGUUCCCUUUACUAGAGUGCCUGUCGUCAGUAGCCACGGCUCUCCAGAGUGGUUUCCUGCCCUACUGUGAGCCUGUGUACCAGCGCUGUGUUAACCUGGUGCAGAAGACCCUCGCUCAGACUAUGCUCCACCAGUCCCAGCCAGACCAGUACGAGGCCCCUGAUAAGGACUUUAUGAUUGUGGCCCUGGACCUGCUCAGUGGAUUGGCUGAAGGGUUGGGUGGCAACAUCGAUCAGCUGGUCGCACGUAGCAACAUCCUCACGCUCAUGUACCAGUGCAUGCAGGACAAAAUGCCUGAGGUGCGUCAGAGCUCCUUUGCUCUGCUGGGUGACCUGACUAAAGCUUGUUUCCUGCACCUAAAGCCAUGCAUUGCUGAUUUCAUGCCUAUAUUAGGCACUAAUCUGAACCCAGAAUUGAUAUCGGUGUGUAACAACGCAACAUGGGCAAUCGGAGAGAUAUCUAUACAAAUGGGUGCUGAGAUGCAACCAUAUGUGGCCAUGGUGCUGCACCAGCUGGUUGAGAUCAUCAACAGGCCCAACACCCCAAAGACCCUGCUGGAGAACACAGCAAUAACAAUUGGUCGUCUUGGUUACGUUUGUCCUCAAGAGGUGGCACCGAUGCUACAGCAGUUUAUAAGACCCUGGUGUACCUCUCUACGUAACAUAAGAGACAAUGAGGAGAAAGACUCAGCGUUCCGAGGCAUCUGCACUAUGAUCAGUGUCAACCCAGGAGGAGUUGUGCAGGAUUUUAUAUUUUUCUGUGAUGCGGUGGCCUCGUGGGUAAAUCCAAAGGAUGAUCUGCGUGACAUGUUUGGCAAGAUCCUCCAUGGGUUCAAGAACCAGGUGGGCGAGGAGAACUGGGGGCGUUUCUCAGACCAGUUCCCUCUGCCUCUGAAGGAACGACUGGCAGCCUUCUACGGGGUGUAACGCUUUCCAUAGGAACAGGCCUGUUCAAGGGGGCCAUUCACUAUGGGAGACGACCGAUGGGAACCUCUUAUACCCAGGGAACAUGUUACCCUUUACUGGGGGUAGGGUCUGCCAGCUGGGGAGGGAAGGGGGUGCAGACCGUGACCCCUCCUCAACCUUCUGGAUGGGCGGGGUGGGAGGUGUUAGCCAGCCGAGGCACUCAGCGCCCCCACGCAACAGGCGAGGGGGACAUGGGGACCGGCGGGCCAAAUUUAUCAAGGGAGGAAAAAUGUAUUUAAUCAUUUCAACAUCACAAUCAGUAAUGAAAAGAUGUCAGCUUAGCCAUUUCUGUUUAGUCUCUUUUUUAAAUGUUCUCUCAUCCAAGCUCUCCAGCGACGUUAAACAAAACACAAGAAAAGGGGGGGGGAGCUUUUGUCGUUUAGUUGUGGUAAAAUCAUGGUUUUAUAUUUACAGAGGGGGUAGUGCUGAUUUGAGGGUAAGCGGUCAGUGAAGAAGCGCUUUUAAAUCAAUACGUAUCGGCCAGAAAGUGGCACUCAGAGGUAGGGGGAGGGAGGGUCUUGGUGUAGAACUAGACUGGAGGAUACCAACCAUAAAAUGUAUGUAGGGGUGGUUAAAAAAAUCAGGAAGUCGCAUGGAAAUGUUGUUAAUGGUCUCAAAGACAACGUAGUAUCCUCAACAGCCAGGACGGCUGCUAGCAAAACGGCAGCGGAGGGUAUUCGAGUAAAGGAAAUGCUGAUACUAUCAUUAAUUUUUAAAAAAUCGAACCAGCAAGUUUUUCUUUUUUCUUUGGGAAACUGCCUCUACAUAUCUUAGAAUAAGAAUAGCAUGUAUUUUCUUGUAGUCAUCAAAGUAAUUACAUUGAGUUCAUGAAAAAUCCUGUCAGUGCAUAUUUAGAGUAAUAUCAGAGUUUAAAUCUUUUUAGGCAGGUCAGAAGUUGUUACCUAAACCAGUCAGUCAAACACACAUCAGACAGAAGUGCAUAUGAUUUUUUUUAUUCGUCGUGGUUGAAAGUGACUUGUCUUAAAAACAGGAAAUAACUAAGUAGCAUGCUUGCGUCAAAGUUGGAAGUGAGGACAGUGGGUGUACAACGGAUAUGUGUGGCCUCAUCGGAUAGUCGUGGUAUUUCUUGUAUAGCCCUGUGAUAAGGUUUUGUAAACAACCAUGUAGUUUCUCGUCUUUCUGGUUUUUGUCCCUCCACCACCCCUUUGUUUACCAGAGGCUUUCCCGUCAGUGUCUAGCAUGAACCAGGCUUACGGUUUAGAAAACAUACAGGUCUGGAAACGAUCUUUAUAUUCUCAUCUAGUUGAAUCCAUCUAGCAGGCUUUUGGUUGUGGUUCUCAAAAGAGAGCGUGAACACCGCUUCGUACAUGUCAUAACUUUUUAAGGUAAACUUUCUCAGGCCGCCUCUGUUCUGUGCUGUGGAAGUGACGUGUUCUCUGCAUGCAUGGACGUUUUACUAGUGGCCAUAAAAUCAGACUCUUAGAUGCUUACCUGACUCUUGACUCGUAUUGUUUAAAAUCUCAAUUUCCAGCUGUCUCACCUUUCUGAAAACAAAACUUGGAAUCGUGGCGAGGUAUUUCUGACCUUGUUAGAGGGAGGUAAGGAGAGGGGUAGAGAAAGGGCAUACAGGGCUGUAGCUGAACGUGUUCAUCCUUUGUUUCUUGAGUAUUACUACUGUGACUAUGGCACUGUCUUGAUAGCGUGUCUGUCUCUGACCUUGGUUGGUUGUCGAUCCAAAACUCAACAGCAAGCAAAUCGUUGUUUUAAAUGAUUUUUUUUUCUUCUGUACUGAUGUUUUUUUUUCUGUUAUUGUUGCUUUGCUUUUUGUUUUAAAAGCAUGACCUUUGAGGAUGAUUGUAAUGACCGUUUUGAAUGCAGCGUACUCUAAUGCUUGAUCCCUUGCGUGUUGGUGGCCCUUUACUUCCCAAACCAUUUAGUUGACGUACAAUAUUGGACCUUGUAUCUCAUACAUACCUGCAGGAGCAUUUUUUUCCCUUAACCUUUUACCUGUAGGCCACAUCCAAGUGUAUUAUCUUGUUAAAUACUGUGAAGCUUGAACUAUUUUUUUUGUUUCUUUUUUGUUUUGGAGUGUUAUUGUUUUGACUCUUAAGUGCUGAAGUCUUGAAGUCGUUGAUUGCCUGAAUUUAUCCCAUGGUGGGCAGGGAUUGGGUGGGGGAGAAAGCAGCUUUAUGCCCAACCAACGAAUCAGAUUCACUCUGUAGGUCAGAGUAAUCAUUGUAGUAUUUUGUCCCCCUCACAAAGAACAUUAGAAGCACUUGUUCAAACAGACUACACAUAAAUGCAUACUUUAGUAGACCCACACAUUUACGUACUCUUAAAGUAUUCGUUUACAGGAGACUUCUAACACUAAACACCUCAUGUAUUACUUCACUGGGUAUUCGAUAUGGUAUAGUCACUUCUAAAGUAUGUAUAUUUUUUAACUUGUGUGGGUGUAUUUGACCUGUUUUAAAUAUAAUAUUCUCAAUAUCAGAAAUGCUCUAAAAGAUCAUUGGUGUAAACUAAGCCUGGAUAUGAAGUACUGCAGAUAUUGCCACAAACCCUUUCCAAAGCCAACAAACUAAGGCUAUUAUUAUUAUACAUUUUGUAUUAUUGUUAUUUUUGUAACUGCGUAUUGAUGGGGGUUUUCCUCAUUGGUAACAUGUAGUUAAUGGGACAUUUUAACACUAGUAAAACCCCAAAAUGAUGGGGUAUGUCAAGUUAGCCUGGAUCCAAACUGGAUUGUUCCUUUUCACUUCACCAGGCUAAUGUCAAGUAACCCACAUAAGACAUCAUGGGAUAUAUGGAGGCACUUGUUUCUGUAGUUUUUGUUUUUGUGCCAUGUCUGUUGUGUCCCGAAGUUGAAAUUAAUUUAGUUUUUGUCACAUUCCAGCUGUUUGGCAUGUAAAAAAUUGGAUGAGGCAUGGCUUGAUUGGUUUUGUCCUACCACUACUUAUCACACUGAAUACAAAACCCAGAGGGCUGGUUUCCGAGACACAGGUUAAACCUAGUGGUGGACUAAAAAACAUGGUGAAUGGAGAAUAUCCACUGAAAUAUUUGUUUAGUCCAGGACUUAGCUUUAUCUGUGUCCCCCGCAAAACCGCCCCAAAAAGUAUGGGGGGGAAAUCAUAAAACAAUCGCUGUUGGUGUGCAUCUUUACCGAUAUUGCCGCUGCUAUGAUGUAGUUUCUUUACUUGAAUAUUUGUUUGUAGUAACCUCAGGAGGUUAUGUUUACCGUUAUUUUUCUUGUUAUUGUUUUCCAAAUGUAUGCCUUUUUUCCAUCUCCCUUUACCGAUAAGAGAUUAGUAAGCCUCCUGCUUUAACCCUUGAAUACAGAGCAUAUACCUGUCCAUGGGUGUUCAGUUCACUAAUGUGUUUGAUAUGUGUGCUAGCUCACCAUUAAGACACAGACUUUCACACACCCAGAGUCGGUGUCAAAGAAUAAUUCUAGAUAUACACAGACAUUCAAAUUGACUUACAACUUUGAGGAAUAUGACAUUAGGAAGAGAACUUGCACAUCAUUAAUGCAACUGUGGCAACGUGAUUGUAAGACAUUUCUAGAUGGUGUUCAAAUGUAAUAUGUACAUGAUGCCUCGAUAACUACUGGAUGAUUUGUAAUGAUGGUGAUUCAUAAUGUUUUCCAAUAAUGGAGAAAAAAAAACUUGCACAUUAUGCGAAAAACAAAUGUGCUCAUGGCUUCUUACAGCUUUUUUUGCAAAUUGAUGUCUUUCAUUUUGAAGAAGAGGGGGGCUUAUUCUCUUUUUACAGCACCAACCAACCGCAGUAGAAUGUCUCAUUUAAAGAACACCUCUAACAGUAGCCUAUGACCUUCCUUCAGCCAUGAGAAAAUAAACUUGACUAGAAUUUCUCCCAAGUCUGCCUUCACCCUUUUUGCUGAAUGAUGUAAGAAACGAGUGAUUUAUUUAUAUACAGUACCAGUCAAAAGUUUCGAAACACCUACUCAUGAAAGGAUUUUUAUUUAUUUUGACUAUUUUCAUUCCUUGUAGAAUAAUAGUGAAGACAUCAAAACUAUGAAAUAGCACAUGUGGCCAUGUAGUAAUGAAAAAAUCAAAACAUUUCAAAUUCUAUAAAGUAGAAUUUGCCUUUGACAGCUUGACACACUUGUCAUUCUCUCAACCAACUUCAUGAGGUCACCUGGAAUGCUUUUCCAACAGUCUUGAAGGAGUUACCACAUAUGCUGAGCACUUUUUGGCUGCUUUUCCUUCACUCUGUGGUCCAACUCAUCCCAAACAACCAUCUCAAUUGGGUUGAGGUAGGGUGAUUGUGGAGGCCAGGUCAUCUGAUGCAGCACUCCAUCACUCUCCUUGGUCAAAUAGCCCUUACACAGCCUGGAGGUGUGUUGGGUCAUUAUCCUGUUGAAAAACAAAUGAUAGGCCCACUAAGCACAAACCAGAUGGGAUGGCGUAUAGUUGCAGAAUGCUGUGGUAGCCAUGCUUGUUUAGUGUGCCUUGAAUUCUAAAUAAAUCAGUGUCACCAGCAAAGCACCAUAACUCCACCACCUCCAUGCUUCACGGUGGGAACCCCACAUGCAGAGAUCAUCCGUUCACCUCUGCGUCUCAAAGACACGACGGUUGGAACCAAAAAUCUUAUAUUUGGACUCAUUAGACCAAAAGACAUAUUUCCACUGGUCUAAUGUCCAUUACUCGUGUUUCUUGGCCCAAGCAAGUCUGUUCCUCUUAUUGGUGUCCUUUAGUAAUGGUUUCUUUGCAGCAAUUCGACCACGAAGGCCUGAUUUCAUGCAGUCUCUGAACAGUUGAUGUUGAGAUGUGUCUGUUACUUGAACUCUGAAGCAUUUAUUUUGGCUGCAAUCUGAGGUGCAGUUAAUUGCAGAUUUCUGAUGCUGGUAACUCUAAUGAACGUAUCCUCUGCAGCAGCGGUAACUCUGAGUCUUCCUUUCCUAUGGUGGUCCUCAAUGCAGCCAGUUUCAUCAUAACGCUUGAUGGUUUUUGCGACUGCACUUGACUCUUUCAAAGUUCUUUACAUUUUCUGUAUUGACUGACCUUCGUGUCUUAAAGUAAUGAUGGACCGUUGUUUCUUUUUGCUUAUUUGAGAUGUUCUUGCCAUAAGAUGGACUUGGUCUCUUACCAAAUAGGGGUAUCUUCUGUACACCACCCCUACCUUGUCACAACACAACUGAUUUGGCUCAAAUGCAUUAAGAAGGAAACAAAUUCCACCAAUCAACUUUUAACAAGGCAUACCUGUUAAUUUAAAUGCAUUCCAGGUGACUACCUCAUGAAGCUGGUUGAGAGAAUGCCAAGAGUGUGUGAAGCUGUCAUCAAGGCAAAGGGUGGCUACUUUGAAGAAUCUCAAAUAUAAAAUAUUUAACACUUUUGUUACUACAUGAUUCCAUAUGUGUUAUUUCACAGUUUUGAAGUCUUCACUAUUAUUCUACAAUGUAAAAAUUAAGACAAACCCUUGAAUGAGUAGGCGUGUCCAAACUUUUGACUAGUUUCUGUAAAUGCUGCUGAAAUUUUAAAGGCCUGGUGCAGUCAAACUUUAACUGUUUUAUAUAUAUAUUUCCACACUACGAGGCUGGAAUAAUACUGUGAAAAUUAUAAUGCCCUUUUAGUGUGAGGUUUUUGAAAAGGCCACCUGAAAUUUCAGCCUGUUUUGGUGGGAUGGAGUUUUGGCCUUCCAUGGUGACAUCACCAUGAGGUAAAUUAGCUAAUAGACCAAUAAGAAAGAGGGUUAUAAACCUCUGCCAAUAACAGCUAAUUUUAAGUUUUCCCCACUCCCAGACAGUCCAAGCAAAAUUUUAGCUUGAGAAAUUGAUCUUUGCCAAGAAGCUAUUUUUGUUUAUUUUGGACCAUUUUAAUUGAAAGCGUUGGGCCAGUAACUGAAAGGUCACUGUUUUGAAUCCCGAGCCGGCUAGGAGAAAAAUAUGUCUGUGCCCUUGAGCAUGGCAUUUAACCCUAAUUGCUCCUGUAAAUCGCUCUGGAUAAGCGCGUCUACUAAAUAACUAAAAUGUACUUAAUUGUUUCCCAGAAAUGAUUUGAUAGUGAGAUAAAAACAGCUGCAUUUGACCCUUUUUUUAAAGGUAAAAUAAUUUUUGGGGCCACCAAAUAUUUUGGAUCAUGCAAAGAAUCUAUAUUGUAUUGUAGUAAUUUUGUAAUGACAUUUGUAUGAUGUGAUGGAUGUUAACGGUAUUCUCUACUUGGAUCUGUACAUAGUUGAGAAUAAAUUGUUUACUUACG